CACAUCGGCAAAGGACGUCCCCGGCGCUCCUGGAAAUGGCCACCUGCCUGUCGUGGAGGUUGACGCGCUACGGGCGCUUUGCGCCAGGCUCCACGGGGGGGCAGUCGUGGAAGAUAUUUGAGGCAAAAGACGAUAAACCAGAAAUCUUCCUCACAAUUGUGGAAUCUGGAUACUUGCUGGUAUUGCAAGGACAGGAGUCUUUGGAUACAAUCCCUUUGCUGGGCGAAUCCCAACUUCUCAAAGUGCACCAGAAAUCUGACAACCUGAUGUUUCGAUUAACUUCAAAGGGAGAGAGCCACAUGUCGAGGAUGCAGUUUGGCGGAAGGUGCCGGGCGGAGGCAAUCAAGGAAUGCUCGAGUGCUGUGGAGAAACUGAAGGAGUACACGUCAGUCACCACUCAGGAUGACACCCUAUUGCCCACUAAGCCGCCCCCCGCUGAGGCCCCGGCACCAGUGAUACAGCAGGCUGGUCAGGGAAAGGCUGUGGAUGUGGAUCCUGAAGGAUCAUUGUCCAUCAGGAGUCUUACCCAGCACAUCUUGGGAGAGACUGUCGUGACUCUACCUCGAGUGUAUCACCAAGGUUCUUUGGUACAAGUCGACUUGGAGCCCGUCCUGCGCGUUUGUCUGCUGGAUCCCAGCUUUCCUGCUUUUGUGGAGAAGAUGGAAGGCGAGCUGGAGAAACUACUUGAAGAGUGAAGAAUCCCAACGUACGCCGGAAGGUCAACACAGUGCCAUGUGAUUUCUGUUUAGUUUGUGUAGGCAGCGUUUAAAUGUUUCUUGCUGCGCUGCCGAUGUUGUUGACAUUUUUCCACAUUGCUUGUUAUUGUGCGUGGCCCGAGGACGAUGCUUCGAUGGUUUGAAAUGGAGGUGGUGAGAAGAAGAACUUGCAAAACAAUAAAUAUCUGGAUUCAAUUUAACAUUUUUUAUUCAGAAAAAAAAAUAUUGGUCUCAAUCAUAUGUUUGAUCGUGGCUAUAUACUCUGGUCCCUCCUUUUCCCACCUUAACGCAGGUCCAUUUCCACCGCAACACACAUGGGUACAUCGUAUUGAAAGAGGAGUCAUGCAG